CAAGAACACCACCUACCGCUGACUUGUCAAUUCCUGUCUGUGCGCGCGCGCGCGCGUGGCGCCGGCCGAGCGGCCGUUGACCCGAUGACCGGCGCGGCGGCCGUCGAUCCCCCGGCGCCUCGGCCGCGGCGGCUGACGGUCCUCCCGCUCAUCGCGCUCAUCUUCUACGACGUCUCGGGAGGCCCCUUCGGCAUCGAGGACUCGGUCCGCACGGGCGGCGGCGCGCUGCUCCCGAUCCUCGGCUUCAUCGUCCUCCCAGUCCUCUGGUCGCUCCCGGAGGCGCUGGUCACGGCCGAGCUCGCAUCGGCUUUCCCCACCAACGCCGGGUACGUGGCCUGGGUGUCCGCCGCCUUCGGCCCCGCCGUGGCGUUCCUCGUCGGGUUCUCCAAGUGGGCGUCGGGGACGCUCGACAACGCGCUCUACCCGGUGCUGUUCCUCGACUACCUCCGCUCCGGCGGCGGGCUGGCGCUGCCGCCGCCGGCCCGCUCGCUGGCGGUCCUCGCGCUCACGGCCGCGCUCACCUACCUCAACUACCGGGGGCUCCACAUCGUCGGCCUCUCGGCGCUGGCGCUCACCGCGUUCUCGCUCUCCCCGUUCCUCGCGCUCACCGUGCUCGCGGCCCCCAAGAUCCGCCCGUCCCGCUGGCUCGCCAUCGACGCCCGCGCCGUCGACCUCAGGGGCUACUUCAACUCCAUGUUCUGGAACCUCAACUUCUGGGACAAGGCCAGCACGCUCGCCGGCGAGGUCGAGGACCCCAGGAAGACGUUCCCCAAGGCGGUGUUCGGCGCCGUCGGGCUCGUCGUCGGCGCGUACCUCAUUCCGCUGCUGGCUGGUACCGGUGCGCUGCCGUCGGAGACGGCGGCCGAGUGGACCGACGGCUUCUUCUCCGAGGUCGGGCAGCGGAUCGGCGGGCCGUGGCUGCGCGUGUGGAUCCAGGCCGCCGCCGCCAUGUCCAACAUGGGGCUCUUCGAGGCCGAGAUGAGCAGCGACUCCUUCCAGCUUCUCGGCAUGGCCGAGAUGGGCAUGAUCCCUGCCAUCUUCGCUCGCAGGUCCAAGUACGGGACGCCGACGUUCAGCAUCCUGUGCUCGGCGACCGGGGUUGUGAUCCUGUCCUUCAUGAGCUUCCAGGAGAUCAUCGAGUUCCUCAACUUCCUCUACGGGCUGGGCAUGCUGGCCGUGUUCGCUGCCUUCGUGAAGCUGCGCGUGAAGAACCCGGACCUGGCGCGGCCGUACCGGGUCCCCGUCGGCACCGCGGGGGCCGCCGCCAUGUGCGCCCCGCCCGCCGUGCUCAUCGCCACCGUCAUGUGCCUAGCGUCGGCCAGGACCGUCCUCAUCAACGCCGCCGUGGUCGUCGCCGGCGUCGCGCUGUACUACGUCGUGGAGCAGGCCAAGAGGCGCCCGUGGGCCGAGUUCUUGGCGCCCGUGCCGCCCGCUGACAGCUCCCACGGACCAGCCACGGCGCCUGAUGACGCCGACGCCGCCGACCUCGAGGAUGUCCGCGCCGGGCUGCUCGCGGGCGAGCCGGCCGACGAAGAAGGCAGCAAGGUCGAGUACUCAAGACUGGAGAUUCGUGCAUGAACCCGUUUGCCGUUCUGUGUACAGUAAUUCCAGCGAAUACAUGGCGAAUCAUUGUGUGAAAUUCAGAGGAGGAGGUCAGGUGAUCGAUCGCGCUCACAAGAAGAUUCAGAACUGCAAACCGACUACUAGAUAAGUCUGAACCAUGAAUCGGAGAAGUGAGAACAGAUCUCAAAUUGUAGAAGCUGUUUUUGUUUUGACCUUUUAAGUGUAGUGUGAUGCCAGGCGAGGUGGUGCCGGUUUGAGAAGAAGCUGUAUUUUUCCAGCAAGGGGGUCAGAUAGGUUGUACUGU